AUGAAUGCAUGUUUGAAUAGUGCAUCUCAACUUUGUUUUCAACACAGUCUCAACUUCAACAGUGAGAAAGCUUUUCAAGUAGACCUUUUUGUUGAGGGGAGACCAAUUAUAUCUUUGGGUCAAGAGGAUCAAGAGGUCUAUUUCGGCACUACAGUCGGUGCUAAACUUUGGAACUACCCUCCAAAUCAGCUCACCAGUAAUCUCGACAAGAUCGCUACAUCACUACUAGCACCAUGGCAGAAACUUGAGGUAUAUCGGAGUCAUCUUGUUCCAUCGCUGUCUCAUCAUUUAGCGUGUGAAAGAGUCCUAAAGGAUGCUCUCACCUCCCUCGACACCGACUGCAGCAAGUUUCUUGGACACAUUUCCAUGGUUCCGAACACUGCCACGACACCGUUUUUCUACGCUGAUCGGCGAAUAGGUGACCUCGGUACUUUCAGUCUUACUGAUGAUGUUGACAUCUGGACCCUCGCAAGAGCUCUUUACCUGCUCACUAGCAAGGACCAGUUGGUGAAGGACAUCUUCACGGAACAGCUUAAGGAUACCAUUCUGCAAGGGUUUAGAGAGGAAGCCCCAGCAACUAUCCUGAUUGGGGAAUACCUUUCCGGGUCUACGGAGGACGGUCUCUACAGACUUCGCUAUAAACCGGCUGGUACCAACCUGUGGACCCUCGCUCGUGGCGCUGCCAAACGCCUAAGAGCACAGAUAGAUGUAUCCGGCGACGGAACCUUUAGAAUUAUCGCCGACGACGUCUUUGUGCUCCCUGCAAAGGCAGUUCGUGGACUUCGACAGGUGGUACGAAAACGCCACACCCGGAAAUUUACAUGUGGAAAACAUCAAGGAAGAGUUGCUCAAGCCUUGGCAAUGGACACAACAUCCAAAGACAUUGCCCGCCUCACCUCCUGCAGGACUAAUCUACUACAUGACGACUGGAGAUACCUCCAUCGAGCAAGGCUUGACCUUCUACUUCUACGUGGGUACGCCUUGUCGUCUUCCCACAAGUCCGGUUGCCACUGCGGUGAAAGCUCAGAGAACGGUUUUCAUGUCCUCAAGUUUCAGGUUCUCGUCUGA